GGUGCUGGGCCUGAUUCUGGAUGCCUGCUUGGAGCCAUUCCUUGCUUGGUACACCCCUGCACUUCACCCCAUUUUCACCACCGACUCCCAGUUCUCCCUGGGCGCCCGCCCAGGCGAGCCCCCUGCCACCCCGCCCACCCGCAGCCGGGGAGCCCUAGUGAAUCACAACCGGUAAGGGGUGGGGGCGCAAGGGGGCAGAGCGAGCCCCCUAGGAGAAGCCCAUGCUGCCGCACCUCCUCGGGCCGCGCGAUCCCGCCGCCAGGAUGGCCAGCAGCCGAGCCGUCCUUCUCGCGAGACGCAGUGCCUCCCGCACCCCGAGCCCCUCCAAGCCAGAGGCUCCUGCAGGUGAUAGUGGACGAAGGGGCGGGGAGCCUGGAGACCGCCGCGGGCCGGGUCCCCGUGUCUGGGACUCGAGAGGCGGGGGGACGCGGGUACCCUGAGCCCACAGCCAUCCCUGGGACCUCCCAGCUUGUCCUGGAGCGCCGGGAAGCGGCCUCCGCCGCCGCUGACCAGAGCCCCGAAGACGUCCUUGUCGGGGAAGGCGUCCCAGGGACCUGUGGCUCAGAAGGGUGGGGGGCUCGGCCUGAAGCCAGCGGGAAGGCCGAGGAAGUGACGGAGGAGAGGGCCAUCUUCAUGGAAGAGGCGGGGGUGGACAUGGGGAAGCAGCAGGUGGGAGAGGAGAGGGGGGUGGCGGAGAAGCUGGUGAGGGAGAAGAAACUGGAGGUGGGAGCAGGCACAGGAAGACCCGGGCCCGUAAACUUUGGUGGCCCAGAUGUGGACCCGGUGGAAGCCAUCUGCUGGGAGUUGGAGGCCGUGAAUGCCCAGGCAGACAGGGCCUACCUGCGCCUGGAGCGCAAGUUUGGGCGCAUGCGCCGGUUUCACCUAGCCCGAAGGAGCUUCAUCAUCCAGAAUAUUCCUGGCUUUUGGGUUACCGCCUUCCUGAACCACCCACAGCUGUCAGCCAUGAUCAGACCCCAAGACGAAGACAUUCUCUGCUACCUGAUGAAUUUGGAGGUGAGGGAGCUCAGGCACGCCAGAACCGGCUGCAAGUUUAAGUUCAGUUUUUGGAGCAAUCCCUUCCGGAACAAGGUGAUCGUGAAGGAGUAUGAGUGCAGAUCCUCUGGCCUGGUGGUUUCAGUCGCAAGUCGCAUCCACUGGCAACAGGGCCAGGAAUCCCCAGCCCUGGUCCACAGGAACCGGAACACUGUCCGCAGUUUCUUCAGCUGGUUCUCACAGCACAGCCUCCCAGAGGCAGACAGCGUUGCCCAGAUUAUUAAAGAGGACCUGUGGCCCAGUCCUCUGCAGUACUACCUGCUGGGGGAUAGACCUCACAGAGCUAGGAGAGGCCUAGCAAGGUGGCCCACAGAGGCCCCUCCUAGGCCAUAUGGUUUCCAGUCUGACUAAGUCCUGCCCUGGGACUACUUAAGACUCAUUUCUGCCUCCUGGGGACCUGUGCUUAGGCCAGCCAUGGCACUCUGCUGUCUGCUUUCUGUUCCAUGUACUCUGACCCCUUUGGACUUCAGUGGACUCAACUCCAAGAUUGUAGCCUUCAUGGCCAUGCUCAUCUGUUUCCAUGCAGCCUCCAUGCAUUCUCAUGACUGUCACAUGCCACAGUGUCUGCCUAAGCACCCAGUGCCAUGGACAUGUACUGCCAUCAGCUUCAUGGCCUGGACCUGUCUUUGAUCAUGGCUUUCCCUCCCUUUUUUGACAUGGGCACCUAGAAGUCAUCACUGGGACGAGCAGUGCCUACUACUUCAAAGCCACAACAUAUUGGGCUUCACGUUUAUCCUGCCCCCACACCUGGCUGUGGCAAGCUGAGUCUCAUCAUCCAGGAUGAAGUGGAUGCAUUUGGUGCUGGCUGUCAACCAGACUUGGACAUUCCAGGUCCCCAGGACCACAGGUCAGGCUACUGGAUUGUUGGGCAUUUAGCAGAAUGGGCAUGGGUGAGGUCAAGGACAUGAAGCAGUGGGCAGUGCUCUGGGUUGGUCCUACCUCCCAGGCUGCUAUUGCCUUGUGAAGGAUCGUGCUCUACUGAUCACUGGCUAUCACUCUGCUCAUGAGUUUUGCCCACGUUGCUCCUGGGUCUGCAAGGGCCUCAAGACCUGCCUGUGAACCCAGGUGAGCCACUUGCCAAUACACCACCCAAACCCCAGGAACACUGCCAUGCUGGCACAUCUGGGCAUGUUUCAAGGCAGGGGCAAAAACAGGGUCCCUUCCAGAAGCCUACCUUCCUGACUCCUAAUCACUGGACUUACACAGAAUCCAACUCCUCUGUCUCCACCUGUUUUUAGGCUGCCAAGCUGGGGGCACUGGAGAGGGGGUGUUUCUGCUCAUGAGGUCUGUCUCCGCCUGCCCAGAUUUCAUGUUUCCUUUCUUUUCCUUUCUUUUUCUUUCACCUCCCUUCCUCCCUCCCUCCCUUCCUUCCUUCCAAAUUGUUUUUAGUGGGUGGUUGGGAACAAAGUGUGUGCCAUUAGAAUAAGGCAAAUGUGUAUGGGAGUUCCCGUCGUGGUGCAGUGUUUAACGAA